UGCACCUUCUGCACGUUGUUUACUAUGUAUCGCUCUUGUUUUGUUACAACGUUUUAAGAAUCAUCAGCUUUUGGAUUAUAUGACUGUAAUUUUUACAAAAUGAACACUGAACAAACGUAUCAGUUGGACGUGUGGAAAGGUGAAUGGGGUUUGCCUUCUGUAGAUGUUAAUUGUUUGCAGGCACUGGCCUACGCAAAAUUCUGUAAAAUUCCACUGAGGAUAAAUCCGACAAAUAAUCCAUUUCGAAGUCCAAAUGGUCAGUUGCCGGUUCUCAGACAUCAAAAUGGCACAGAGCACACAAUUAGUGAUAUUUUUCAGUUUUUUCGUAAAAAUAAUCACUGCCUAGAUUUUGCAUUGGAUCCAAAACAAUGUGCGGAAAUAAAUGCUUAUGAAAGUAUGCUCAAGGAAAAAAUUUUCCCUGCUCUCCAAUUUAUAUGGUGGGUCGACGAAAGAAAUUUUAGACAGGUUAUUAGGCCGUGGUAUGCAAAAGCAUUGCCAUUUAUUCUGAAUUAUUAUUAUCCUUCAAAAUAUGAAAAACAAGCCAAGGCUAUGAUGGAGGCUUUAUAUCCCACCGAAGAUGAAAUUAGCAAUGUAGAAAAUAGCGUUUAUUCUGAAGCACAAAAAUGCUUGAAUUUGCUCUCAAUGAGACUAGGAGAAUCUGAUUACUUUUUUGGUUCGUUUCCAACAACUUUGGACGCAAUAGUUUAUUCCUAUUUAGCGCCUAUUUUGAAAAUACCUCUGCCAAAUGCUGCCCUGCAAAACCACUUGAAAGGCUGUACAAAUUUAGAAAAUUUUGUAGCAAGAAUAUCCGUCAAAUACUUUGAAGACGAAUAUAGGUCUUUCGAAAAGAAAAAAUCCAAAGAACGUGCGGAACCGAAGAAAACGGACUCCGAGAGUGAUUUUCCCCAUAAAACGAGAAAUCAAAUUCUAGCUGGAUUAUUUGCCACUUUUGCGAUGUUGACUUAUGCUGUUUCCAGUGGAAUUUUAGAGGUGGUAAUCUAUUUAAUAAGACACAGAAAGAUUUUUAGAAUCCCUAAAAAAGAACGGAAACGUCCCGAUAAAAGAUGAUGAAAUGGAUGAUAUAUCCGCCGAAUAUACCCUUGAUAACCAGGAUUUCUACGAGGAAGAAUUUGAGGAAGAAUAACAUUCGAUUUAGUCUCAAAUUUUCUCAUCGAAAUUUAGAGCAAUAAAUUUUUCUUCAAAUCCGCAGACUUCCUUUACAUUGAAUUACACUUUUAUGGAAAGAUAACAGCUAAAAAAUUGUGCUAAUUGAUAUACUUUGGACAAUUUUCCGGAAGUAUACAAUCACUGAAAACAAUUGGCACGACCCAGAAUUUUUUGUACACAACAUAGAAUGUUACAAUUACAUAUUUUACAAAUAAAUAACUCUGUUACAAA